UGUUAGUGAGACGUGUUGUGUGCGCUCUUCCUGGACUGUCGUAUCACUGGCAACUACUUAUAUUGAAUUAACUGUUUUCGUCUCCGGAGAUUUUGUACUUAUUAAUCUCACCAGCUACUGUUUAGUCAAGAGGCUGCUGCAGGGUUACUGAUGGUGUGAUAUUUUAUUGGCCGCUGCGGGCGAGUGGCGCUGCCGGACGACGUGGAGGGUUGCCAGUUUGCGUCUUAUCGAGAUUACGGGCACUGACUACAGCUGUGUUGACCCGAAUUUUGGUGUGAUCUGUUCUCCCAUGAAGUGACGUAAAUUACCCAAGAGACACACCUGGCUUGAGAUAACGAGCCAGACAUCAUCACUACAGCAGCUGACGGCACGAUGAGUUUCCUGCAGCCAAGCCUUCCACCUGCCUCCUGAACAACAACAACCACCACCACCACUACCACCUUCCCUCACUCACUCUCCCUCUCUAUUUCCUCCGCUUUACUCUCUCUCUCUCUCUCUCUCUUUCUCUCUCUCUACUUACUUUAAUCUUCAAUCUAUCCUUUCUCUGCUUCCCUUCCUCCUUUUUUUAUUUGUUUUUUCUUCUCUUUCCAUUCAUUCUUGUUUCCCUACUUCCUUCCUCUGCCUUCGCUUCUCCCUCUCUUCCUUGAUGGAGGAGCUAAAUGAAAUGACAACACAGUACUUCGCGGGCGUCUCCCUCACCACCCACGACCCCGCCCACCCCACGCCCAACACCACCCCCCCGCCAGGUGGCGGGGAUGGCAUCACGCCUCCAGUCAACACCAGCAGUGUGGGCGUGAGUUACCUGAGAACGGCGCCGUGGGUGGUGCCUCUCCUCGCCGCAGCCGCAACCAACGCCGCAGCUAUCGUGGCCUUCGAGGUGUAUGUGUUGGUGCGGGCAGCUCACGGGACACCCUCACGUCGUCACUUGUUCCUGGGGCAGUGCUUGCUGGUAGGACUCCUGCUGUGUUCCCUCUCUGGCCUUCCCAUCGCCCUCGCCCCCACGCCGCUCUCCUGUGCCGCCACAAGGUUGGUGGUGGGUUUCUCCAGCGCUCUGGUGUUCGCGACACUGUUGGUCAAGUUUGUGUUCCUCAUCUCCCUCAACUCGGGGGUGUACCUGCCAGCUCACUACCAGGGCCUCUUGCUCUUCUUCAUCGUCCUCGUGCAGGUCAGCAUCAACAUCCAAUGGCAGUGGUCUCAGCCGGCGGGGGUGACGGUGGUGAGGGAUCAUCACACCGGAGCACUGCACCUCUCCUGCCUCGCCCCCUACAGGCACUUCCUCCUCUCCCUUAUCUACGUCAUUGUUCUCAUCAUCGCUGUAGCUGCUCUGGCCAUUAAGUGCCGAGGUAUACGGGAGAACUAUCGUGAGGCAGCGUACAUGGGGGCGGCACUAGGGUUGGUGUUGCCACUGUGGCUGGCCUGGACACUGGCAGGCUUCAUCCUGCCCUUGCCACACCAGCCAGCUUGUCUCGGCUUCGGUAUUGUCGCCACAGCUACUAUUGUCUUUGUUGUCAUGUUCAUACCCAAGGGGCGGCAGCUGGCAGCAGUAGGUAAAGAGGGGGUAUUUCGUGAGGACCGGGACGACCAGGUGUCCACGAUCUCUGGUGGGGCUCGCUACUCCCCUUCCUUCUUCCUCUUCAAGCCCAUCAAAACUCCGAAGGACCUGCUCACUCCCGCCACCUCUCUGUACAAGACCCGACUACCAGAUCACUACAGGUAUGGUGGGGCCCUUCCUCCCCUCCCACACUCCCAGCCCCCACCACCUGCACCAUAUUAUUGGCCUGCACUCCACUAUUAUCAUCACUACUAUCAAGGUAUGAGUCGCGCAGAUGACGGCGUCUACACCAGCAUAGACCCGCCUGCACCACACUACGCCCUUUCCUCCAACCCAAACUUCUACCUGUUCCGAUCCCAUACCCACGCUGGCAUGAUGUACUAAGGUGUAUGGUCAUACCUGAGGUGAGUAUUACAAGCCAGAGGUGUGACUGUAGUCUUCAUGGCCCCAACACUAACAACUCUUCUCUGGGUAUAAGAUUGGUACAGUAGUAAUAGUAUGUGCAUCAUUGUUAGCGAUGGUCCUCAUUAUCCAGGUGCUGUAGUUAACCAUUUUAUCAUUUGUGUUGUGGGUAGUUUACAUUACCAUCAGCAGCCCUCACUAACACUCACUCCCAGAUUGUGGAAGUACAUGUAGUUCCUUAUCACCACCAGUGUUGUCCCUGCCACCACCAGUGUUGUCCCUGCCACCACCAGUGUUGUCCCUGCCACUGCCUGUGUUGUUGAAGGUCUCAUUUGUCUAAAGGAUACAUGUGACAUUGAUAUAAUAAUUUCUAUAGGGGUCACUUUCUCUACAGUGUUUACCCAAGCAACCAAUCAGUGGCAAAGAGGAUAAAGUAAACAGUGUUGGUGGUAGUGAUCAGGAUAUAUUACACAAAUGUUCUGGUGUAGCUGUCAGUGUUAUUCAUUCUGAUGUGAGACAACUUGUUCCAUAGGUAAGCACAAACAUACAUGGGAAAAGAAAUAAGUUACUUGAAAACUUUUACAAAUAUACUGGUGACAGGAAGAGGAUACAGUAAUGAGAUAGAGAAAUGAACUCAGCAACCUAAACCAUUAAACAAUUCUUAUAAGGAGUAGAAGUUGUUAUAAAAGAGUAGAUGGUUAUAUUGUGACUAAUGGUUGGGACAGAUAAAGAAUAAAAAAUUAGUUUAUGGUGUGUGAUGCUGUAAGAGUUUGUCAGCUGCACUUAUGUCCCAACAACAAAAACAUGUUCAUUGCUUUUAAGUAUACAGUAUUUAAAUGAUCAGGCUGUUUUAUACUGUACAGGUAGUUCUGCUAUA